AUGAGCGACCUCGACCGAGCGAUCGCGCAGCUGCGCUCAUGCCGGCCGAUACCCGAAUCUCAGGUCCGCGAGAUCUGCCACAAGGCGCGCGAGCUGUUGAUUGAAGAGGGCAACGUUGUCACAGUCGCGGCGCCGGUGACGAUAUGCGGCGAUAUUCAUGGCCAGUUCCACGACUUGAUGGAGCUCUUUCGAGUCGGUGGUGAUGUCCCAGAUACUAAUUAUCUGUUCAUGGGUGACUUCGUUGAUCGAGGAUUCUACUCGCUCGAGACCUUCCUGCUUCUACUAUGCCUAAAGGUCAGAUACCCCGAUCGAAUGACCCUGAUCCGAGGAAACCACGAGUCAAGGCAGAUCACCACCGUCUAUGGCUUUUACGAUGAAUGCAUCCGGAAAUACGGAAGCGCAAACGUUUGGCGAUACUGUUGCGACGUUUUCGACUACCUAGCCCUGGGAGCCAUCGUCCUCGGCGCCUCGAACACACUGUCUACCGGCACGGAACCUGUUGAUGAAGACACCGAGAUCGAAGUGUGCGACCAGAGCGGGACGGUUAUGAGCCGCUUCCCUCGUCCAAUGCCACGGCCAAACAGCGCAGAGGGGCCGGUACGCAGCCCCAAUGGCGGAGGAGGCUCGGGCGACAGGACAGGACCCCCCGGGUCCGGUGCGUCAGGCGCGAGCGGUGGCUCCAUCGGCAACCCGACGGGCGCCGUGCUAUGCGUCCACGGGGGGCUCAGUCCGCUGAUUGACACUGUUGAUAAGAUCCGCUUGAUUGAUCGGAAGCAGGAAGUCCCCCACGAGGGCGCCAUGUGCGAUCUGCUGUGGUCAGACCCCGACGAGAUCGACGGCUGGGGAUUGUCCCCCCGAGGCGCGGGCUUCCUCUUUGGGGCGGAUAUCGUCAAGAUCUUUAACCACCGCAACGACCUCAGCCUGAUCGCCCGCGCCCACCAGCUCGUCAUGGAAGGGUUCAAGGAAAUGUUCGACGCGUCCAUCGUCACCGUCUGGUCUGCACCCAACUACUGCUACCGCUGCGGCAACGUGGCCGCGGUUCUCGAGCUCUCCGAGGACGAGUCCGGGACGGGGCUGUUCGCUCGGAGUAACGGGGAUGUCGGCCGCAGCGACGGCGGGCGCGGCGUGAUGAUGGAGGGCGAGACGUUCGUCAGGAACGGCCCGGCGAGGCGCUACCGCGUGUUCCAGGCUGCGCCGCAGGACUCGAGAGGCAUGCCGGCCAAGAAGCCAGUGGCCGACUACUUCCUAUAG